AUGGCGUCGUCAUCGCGCGUAGACGCUCCCAAAAGACGACGCGUUUCUCGCGAAUCCAGCGCAUCAACAGUGGAUUUUGAGGAUAUAAUUAGCAGCAGUGAGUCUGGAGAAGAUGUUGACUCAUCAGAUUUUAGCACCGAUGACGAGGAUGCGUCAAGUCAAGCCGCAACUUCCGACAGGGUCUCAACGUCCUACGGACAUGAUUCCUUGCCGGCAUCUGUCAAGCGUGUGCAGUUUCUGCCGAGACGAAACCCGGGGGUCGAAGUCGGCGGCGCGCUCCGGAGUAACGCACGGCGCUUCGUCCGGGCCGUCGAUUUCUUCCAGUUGUUUUUCACCACGCAGCUGAUCAGCAUGAUCUGCGAUUACACGAACAAAUAUGCGUGGAUGCAUAUUUUAGAGAGGCAGACAUACGCGGAAAGAGACGGUUCGUGGAGGAACUUCAGUCCCGAUGAAGUGAUGAAGUGCAUUGGAAUCCUCAUUUACAUGGGAAUUGUUGAGUUGCCUCGCCUUCAUCUGUAUUGGAACACCUCAGAGCUAUUUUCGGGCCUCAUUCCUCCGAAGAUUAUGCCGAGGAGCCAUUUCUUUGCACUCAAGGACCGGCUACACUGUCCAAUUCAGUGUUUACACCGGGAAGAGGGAAGCGCCCAGCUCAAAGGGACUCGCCUAUGA